AAUCUCGAAGUUAUGAGGUAAUGCAAGAUUAAUUCAACAAACCAAGAAUAAAUAAUCUGGAAUGCUAAAGAAUUAAUAUAAUUUCAUUUUCUAGGAAAACAGUUUUUACAUUUUUGCAAAAGAAAACACUUUCAGCUCCACUUUUGACAAGAUUAUCUUAAUCACCACAUGAACGUAUAAUUAUGUCGGGACACCCUCAAAGAGUUCUACCCCAAAGCAAAGAAGCUCUGCUCAGAUCCUACAACAAACGCCUGAAAGAUGACGUGAAAUCGAUGGUUGAUAACUUUCGAGAGAUUAUCAAACUAGCUCGGGUUUGUAGAAUUGUGGAAGACGAUACACAAAUCUCAAGGAUGACUCAAGCAGAACAAGAUCAAUAUGAGAUGCAAGUCCGCGCUUCAAAUAUUGUUCGUGCUGGAGAAUCCCUCAUGAAGCUCGUAUCAGACCUCAAGCAGUUCCUCAUCUUGAACGAUUUCCCAUCGGUGAACGACGUCAUCGGUCAGAACACAAAACUAUACAAACAGAAACAGAGUGAACUGGACACAAAGCUACUAACCUUACGAGACGACAUGGCCACUGAACUUUACGAACUUGAAGACGAAUAUUAUUCUUGUGUUUAUAAAUAGUUGCAAUAAAAGUCCUUUUUUUAUUUCUUUUUUGUA